AGAUGUUCUGUCUCAUAUGGUGGCGUCUUGGAUUUGAAAGUCGUGCACAAGCUCAAGGCUCUGCCAAGCUGUUAACACUUUGGCUUGGUCGCGAGAUGCAGCUUAAUCAAUCAAGACAUGAGUUGACUUCUUGGUACAACAUGUCUGCUAUCUGAGGGCCCUCAAGCAGGACAACGUUCAAUCAAAGUCAAGUGCCGCUCGACAACGCUUUAGGAGAAGAUAAUCUCGCCCUCAAGUGAGUUCGAGAAGCAAAAAUGCAUACGCCAAUGAAGAUCUCCAUGAGGGUCACUACGCUAAUUGGGCCUUCCACAUUGCAUUUCUUGAAGCAAGGAUAUCGUCUCGCUCAGACCUGAAAGAAGGAUUGUAGUCCUGUUAUUGUAUUCGCCCAGGCCCUCGGUAAUGCAUGCGGGAUUUUUGAACGUUGACCAAAGAUACCCCAUUUGUCUUCCGGGGGUCGAUGUCCGGUGCAUGCCCCUUCUCUGCUGGGGCCAUCGCGAUCCAGGCAUGCGUGGGCGCCUGUUCGACACAAUGUGCUUACGUGUGAGGCUCGGUUGGUUGCAACUUGCUCGCAAGUAAGCCAUACGACCAGCUCUUUGCAUUGUCCAUGCACUUCAAAGAUCUACUGCAGUGCGUACCCGGCCGUUCUCGAGCAGCCUCGAGUAGGCGAAGAGCAACUACGUCCUCUUAGCAGAAUGAUGCCCCCGCUUUCGGGAGUACAUAAAGCGCAGGGAGAUGGAAGAGCGUUUCUCAAACUCACAUUCGACACUAGCUUGGCUCUACCAUGUCGAGCACAGAUACACGAGCGGAGCCUCGACAGCAGCAGCCUGCCUCUUCCCCCAAGGUGAGGGGCUCCGCAUUCUGGCUCACCUUUCUCGCCCUUAUCGUCUCGACCUUCCUAAGCGCGCUGGACAUGACCUCGGUCGGCACAGCGCUCCCGACGAUCACCGCGGACCUCCACGGCGGCGAUGAGUACUCUUGGGUCGGCUCUGCCUAUGCGCUCUCUAGCACGGCGGUGCUCCCGCUCUCUGGGGCUCUUGCGAACAUAUUUGGGCGGAAGCCUAUCAUGCUUGGAUCCAUUGUCUUCUUCGCUGUCGGCAGCGCCCUAUCUGGGUCAGCACAGAACAUGAACAUGCUCAUCGCUGCCCGGACUGUGCAAGGCAUCGGAGGCGGUGCCAUCAUCGGCCUCACACAAAUCAUCACAUCUGACCUCGUUCCACUCGCGGAAAGGGGACUGUUCCAGGGUCUGAUUGGUCUGACAUGGGCUCUGGCUUGUGGCGUCGGCCCUCCGGUCGGAGGGGCGUUUGCUGGCGAGGCAUCUUGGCGAUGGUUAUUCUACUUGAACCUGCCACUUUCCGGCAUUGCGCUCGUCCUGGUAUGGUUCUUCCUCCGAGUGCGUGCGCCUGAGGGCUCUGUCCGACAGAAGUUUGCGCGGGUUGACUGGUCGGGCAAUGCGAUCAUUGUUGCGGGGACAACACUCGCGAUCGUUGGACUUACAUUUGGUGGGAUUCGGUUCCCGUGGGAUUCUGCUCAAGUACUGGCACCCCUUAUCAUUGGACUCGCCCUCGUUGCGGCGUUCAUUUUCUACGAAGCGAAGAUCCCAAAAGAGCCGACUAUUCCAUGGAGAGUAUUGAAUAACCGGAUCACCUUCGGCGCGUAUGUAGAAACCUUCGUGCACGGCCUUACUACCAUGGCUCUCGUCUACUAUAUACCCGUCUACUUCCAAGCUGUCCUUGGAUCUUCACCGGUCCGGUCUGGAGUACAGACCCUUCCCGCUGCCCUCAUCAUCUCCGUCUUCGCCAUGAUAUGUGGCAUAUCCGUCGAGCGGUUCCAGAGAUACAUGCCAGUAAACUAUGCAGGCUGGAUUCUGAUCACCAUCGGAUUUGGUCUAGCGAGUCUGUUGACGGCUCGCGCCCCUAUGGCACAAUGGGUUGGCUACCAAGUCGUCGUCUCAGCCGGGAUAGGUAUCAUCUUCCCGGCACCCGUCUUCCCCGCCCUCGCACCUCUACCAAUCGACCGGACAGCAGCGGCGCUCGCAUUCUUUGCAUUCGUGCGCUCCUUUGCGCAGACGUGGGGCAUCACCAUCGGAUCGACGGUGCUGCAGAACGAGCUGAAGAAGAAGCUUCCCGCGGCGUUCGUCGCGCAGUUCCCGGGCGGUGUCGAGAUCGCGUAUGCCGCGAUACCUCUCAUUGACGGCCUCGAGGAGCCUCUCCGGACACAGGUUCGCGUCGCUUUCGCGGACAGCAUCGAUGUCAUCUUUGAGGUCAUGAUCGGCAUCGCCGGGCUCGGGCUCCUGUCGAUGCUGCUGAUGAAGGAGAUACCAAUGCACACAGAUAAGGACGAGAAGUAUGGAUUGAAUUUUACGCCGAUAGCUACGGCAGAUGCAGAGAAGGGUGAAGUCACUCCCGACUCGAGGCUUGUUUCUGAGCGGAAAGCAUAGGAGACCAAGCUUUCAAGGACUCGGAGGACUUGUCAAUACUGGGAUAAAAUGUAGACUCCGGAUUAUGGACAUUGUAUGGUGCCUGUAUUGAAUAACCUAGUAAUAGUCAAUCCGUUGAUAUAUAUAUACC